GCUUUCCGUCUGUCUCAUGGAUCUAUUCAUGUUUCACCUCGGAGACUUUGUGCUCGGCUUCAGUUUCGCACUCUGGACUUUCACUGUACUCUUGGGUAUGGUGGUCCGGACGGCCGGUGAAGGUCGGCCUCAGGUGAUUGGUUCAUUGCAGCCAAUCGUGGCCACUCUGGGUGAAGAUGCCAUCCUGCCGUGUCACGUGGAGCCUCUACUCAAUGUGGAGGAGCUGACGGUGCAGUGGUGGAGGCCUGACAUACCGCCUGACCCCACAGAUCCACUGAGCAACUACAAGUACGUCCACAGUUACCACAACAGCCGCGAUGAAGAGGACAUGAAGAUGCCAUUGUACGCUGGGAGGACGGCGCUGCUCAAAGACGAGCUGAAACACGGCAACGUAUCUCUUCAGAUCCGGGACGUGAAACUCUCGGAUGAAGGAAGAUACAGGUGUCAGAUCCCACAGCUGGGGAGUGCUUCAGUUAUUAAGCUUGUUGUUGAAGUAAUCUCUGUGGAAACGACGCCGCAUCACCCUGGAAAUCCCCAAACUCCAGAUCCAAAAAACGAGACGAAUUUUGAAAGUGGUCUGAGCAAUCAGGGUUUGUGGAUCUUUAUGGGGGUCGCCUGCGUCGUACCGACCCUGGGAGUUGGAGUCGUUGGAUAUUUAUUGAAACACAGGCGUGAAAAACAAAAUCAUUCAGCGUUUGACGUCGCCCCAGCCUGACCACCUCCAGCCUAGGUGCCUUGCUCAAAAGCAAGUUGGUGAUUGAUGUUAAUGGAGAUGGGAGCGUCAUACGGCUCCACAUCUGUCUCAUGAGUUCGGGGAUUCAGACCAGCAGCAGUGAUGGAUACAGAAUACCAUCGGGGAGAAUUUGCAAAGACUGACUCUUUAACGCCUGCUGAUGACUGUAUGACUCAUAUUUUGUAUGAUGUGAGUUGCUGCAUCAAACACCGGAGGAAUCAUGCAGAUUUAACCAGAGGACAGCUGAACGGGUUCAAUCAUAGAGCUGGAUUCUUCAAGGUGAUCUUGAGUUUCUUCAUCUCUGCACUUUUUCUUUUCUUAGA